CUGGGAGAAGUCAGUCAGAGCGGAGGCGGCUGGGUGUGGAGUGAGGAAGAGAUGAGCGGGCACGUCGGAGAUCUAAGUCCGAAGCAGGAGGAGGCGCUGGCUAAGUUCCGUGCAAAUGUCCAAGAUAUCCUCCCAGGACUGCCUGGCCAAGAUGACUACUACCUCUUGAAAUGGCUCCGAGCCCGAUGUUUUGAUCUCCAAAAAUCUGAAGCCAUGCUGCGGAAGCAUGCUGCAUAUCGAAAACACAUGGAAAGUGAUCGUAUCUAUGAAUGGUCAGCUCCAGAGGUUAUUGAGAGAUACAUGACUGGGGGGCCUUGUGGUUUUGAUCGGGCUGGUUGCCCUGUCUGGUACGAGAUCAUUGGACCUCUCGAUGCUAAAGGGCUCCUCUUAUCAGCUUCCAAGCAAGAUUUGCUCAAGAAAAAGUUCAAGGACUGUGAGAUGCUACGGGAAGUGUGUAAUCAUCAGACACAGCAACUGGGGAAGAAGAUUGAAACCAUCACGAUGAUCUACGACUUUGAAGGCCUAGGCCUGAAGCACCUCUGGAAGCCAGCUGUAGAAGCCUAUGGAGAUCUUCUUGCCAUGUUUGAAGAGAAUUAUCCCGAGUCUCUGAGGCGUAUUUUUGUCAUCAAAGCUCCCAGGCUCUUCCCUGUAGCUUACAAUCUGGUGAAACACUUACUCAGCGAAGAUACCCGCAAGAAGAUCAUGGUCCUGGGAUCUAACUGGAAGGAGGUUCUGCACAAACACAUUGACCCUGACCAGAUUCCUGUUGAAUACGGGGGAACUCUCACGGACCCAGACGGUGACCCAAAAUGUAGGAGCAAGCUAAACUAUGGUGGAGAUGUCCCCAAGAAAUACUAUGUACGAGACCAGCUGAAACAGCAGUACGAUCACUCGGUGAUGGUGAACAGAGGAUCCUCCCAUCAGGUGGAAUAUGAGAUCCUCUUUCCGGGCUGCGUCCUUAGGUGGCAAUUCAUGUCAGAAGGGGCUGACAUAGGCUUUGGAGUCUACUUGAAAACUAAAGCUGGAGCCCGUCAGCAUGCUGGUGAAAUGACAGAAGUGUAUCCCAACCAGCGCUACAAUGCCCACUUGGUGCCAGAAGAUGGUUCUCUCACCUGCGCAGAUCCUGGUGUUUAUGUCCUGCGAUUUGACAACACAUACAGCUACAUCCAUGCCAAGAAAAUCAGCUAUACAGUGGAGGUGUUACUACCAGACAAAAAAUCGGAAGAGCAGAUCCAGGAGCUGGAAGAUCAAACAAAGGAGCUCGAAAUUAACCAUGCCUGAUUGACCUGGUUCCAUCCCUAUGCAAUAAUAUCCAAUUGCCUCUCUCCAACCUAUUUGAAAUGGUGAUGGUGAUAGGGUGGUUGUAGGGCAAGAAAGCAGAAUGAGCUCUUCAGAGGUAGAAUACAGGUGAUUUGGGGAGGUAAUUUGGGGUAGGGGGGGCUAACAGGGAUGAUCUUGCCUUGAAGCAGUGGGACAUGACAAAAUUAUGUUCCCUUCCAGUCCCACAUGCUGCGUGAAAUGACAAAUUCCCCCCACCUCUGUGAUUGCAGGGGGACAAACAAGGCACAGCUUAUGCCGUGGCAUUAUAGAGCCAAUAUUUGGAUGAGCUGCCCCCUCUGCCAGUCUAAACUGGAAGAAACCUGGUGAGAAACAGUUGGGACUGCUUGCCUCUGCAUUCACAUGUUGCUUUAGAUCUUUAGACCCAAAUAUAAAGAAGGGGAGGGGGGAAGAGCAGCAACCAGAUGCCUCUUGGAAGCCCAUAUGCAAGGCAUAAGAACACCAAUCCUACUCACUAUUUUACUGCCUCUGAAACUAGAGGUUCCUUUUUGUUAGCCAUUAAUGGGCCUCUUAGCGAUCCUACAGUGGCUCUUUAAAAGGAUCACACAUCUAAGCUAGAGACGAUUGCUGCCUCCUGUUGCAGUGAGUUCCACCAGUUAAUUACACGUUGUGCACAGAAACUCUUUUUCCUUAGAGCCUUAAUUUUAAAAACAAGUCUGCUGAAUUUGUGCCAUUCGCCAGCCACGUACAUUGGCCUACCAAGUGCCUGACAAUCCUACUGGUUUUGCAGUUGAUGCAGAAUGAAGUUGAGUGUCUGAAAAGGCCUCCCACCAACUUCUCCCUGUGGUUUUGUUGCUAAUCAAUUGCCCUCCACAGCUAAGAUCUGUCUUGCUGACCUAGACUUGGAACAGCAGUAUAUUUCUGAAGUUCAAUCCAAGGCGCUGCUGACUGCCAUCCUGCCCAGUGCUGUCACUGAAUGUACAAAAACCCUGCCCGAGACUAGCAAGCGGUUUGCACAAUGGUCAUUGGCUGCUCCUUUUUUGUAAGUGGCAAAGCUAGGAUGAGUUUUAUUGCACCUGCCCACAAGCACUAGAGAUGGAGAGGAGGAGGAAAGGGAGUCUGUCCACCUGCCCAGCUCUUUCUUUAGAACAUCUUUGUGGAAGCUUGGAAUUCCUGAACAAGAUGGGAAGCUUCUGGAUUGCAACAUGUUUAAAGUACAGCUCUUCCACUGGCCCUUAACGUUGCAAAACCGGAGGAUUCCCUGCCCUUGCUGGACUUUCCAGGACCAACGUAGCACUUUGUACUUCUUUGUCUUUAUUGUGGAUGUUUCUUUUAAUCUCAAACACUAGGAAUAUUAAUAAAUUUAUGUUUGUCAA